AUGAUAACACACACUCUGUAUCCUUCUCUCUACCGUUUGAAUCUAUUGAACAACCGAAGUAGUAGAUAUCAGUGUCAUAGCUGCUGGGUGACUAAAUCGGCUGCAGCGACAGUUUGUAUAUCCACAGCGGCGUUUGGGGCCAUAGCAGCCACGAUUAUGGCUUCAGUGUCCGUAGCUUCUGCAGAGAUUCUUCCUCCUCCUCCGCAAGAUGGUGAGACGCUAUCGAAUGUACCGGAAAUGUUUCUGGUGAAGACAGCAAGAAACAGAGGAUACAACGACCCAAAUCCAAAAACGCAGAGAAGUGAAUAA